UGGGGCCGGGGCCGCCGCGGGCUCGGCUCGGCUCGGCUCGGCUCGGCUCGGCUCGGCUCGGCUCGGCGCGGCAGGGCGGCAGACAGCGGGAGCAGCGAGGCAGAGGAUGUCCGCCGCCUGCCCGCCGCUCCGCCGCCUGCCCGCCGUCUCCCCCGCGUCUUCAUGAAUUAGCGCGGCGGGGUGGGGGCGGGGGACGGUAGCGAGCGCCCCGGCGUAACCGGCGCCCCAGGCAUGGCCAGCUCGUGCGCCGUCCAGGUGAAGCUGGAGCUGGGGCACCGAGCCCAGGUCAGAAAGAAACCCACCGUGGAGGGCUUCACCCACGACUGGAUGGUAUUUGUCAGAGGACCCGAGCACAGCAACAUUCAGCACUUUGUGGAGAAAGUCGUCUUUCACCUGCACGAGAGCUUCCCCAGGCCGAAAAGAGUGUGCAAGGAUCCACCCUACAAAGUUGAAGAAUCUGGGUAUGCUGGAUUCAUAUUACCAAUUGAGGUUUACUUCAAAAACAAGGAAGAACCCAAGAAAGUUCGAUUUGACUAUGACUUAUUCCUGCACCUUGAAGGCCACCCACCUGUAAAUCACCUCCGCUGUGAAAAACUCACAUUCAACAACCCAACAGAGGAAUUCAGAAGAAAGCUGCUAAAGGCAGGAGGGAUCAUGGUAAUGUCAGAUGGCACAUCAUUCUCUUCAGGACUGAGCCUUCAUCUCCCCAGCCUUCCCAGUAACUCCUUGCCUUUUUCUGAAGUGAAGAAGAAAUCAUCUCAUGGGCCAAAGGACCCGGCUAGGAUUCUGAACACAAAUAGCAGCAGCAGUAGUAACAGUUUUACCAAGACCCACAAGUUAACAAAAGAGCACAAAGAAAAAGCUUCUAAAGACUCAAGAGAACAUAAAAGUGCCUUCAAAGAAUCUUCCAGGGAACACAACAAAUCUUCCAAAGAAUUCUCUAAGAAACCCAAAGAAAACAAACCACUAAAAGAUGAAAAAAUAGUUCCUAAGAUGGCCUUCAAGGAACCCAAACCCAUGUCCAAGGAGCUGAAAUCUGAAAACACCCCAAUCCUUACCAUAACUGGUGGGCAGCAACAAGAAAAGAAGACCCCCACAAAAAGGCCCUCUGUUCUGGACUAUGAUGAAACUUCUGCAAAAAAAAGAAAGAAAAGUGGCUCGUAUUCAUUAUUUAAAAGUUUUUCUAGUGACCCACCACUGAUUCUUACUUGUUCAGCUGACAAAAAACAGACAAAGGAUAGAUCUCAACCCAAGGUGGGGAGAGUCAAAAUUGAAAAUGAUGUACUGGAAAGGAAGACCCCUACUCUGCCUCCGUUCGAUGAUAUUGUAGAUCCCAAUGAUUCUGACAUGGAUGAAAACAUGUCCUCCAAAUCUGAAACUGAACAGCCCAGUCCUGCCAGUUCCAGUUCCAGUUCCAGCUUUACACCAUCUCAAAACAGCAGACAACAAGGUCCAUUGAGGUCUAUAAUGAAAGGUCUGCGUUCCGAUGAUAAUGAAGAUGAAUCAGAUGAAGCAGAUGAGAAUGACAAUGAUUCAGAGUUGGAACGACCUAUAAAAACACGAGGAGGAAGCAGGAGUCACAGGGUUAGUCUGAGUGAUGGCAGUGACAGCGACAGCAGUUCAGCUUCCUCACCACUACACCAUGAACCAGCACCACCCUUACUGAAAACCAACAACAACCAGAUUUUAGAAGUGAAAAGUCCAAUAAAGCAAAACAAAUCUGAUAAACAAAUAAAGAAUGGGGAUUGUGAUAAGGCAUAUCUCGAUGAACUAGUAGAGCUCCACAGAAGAUUAAUGACAUUGAGAGAAAGACAUGUACUGCAGCAGUUAUGUCUUGUUCCUGGUUCAAAGACCAGGAUGGAAGCUGUCAAGGAGCAGAGUAAUGGCGAGAUGGAACAGGAUGUGUGGCUUUCUAGGUCACCUCAGCGUUUCCAGUGCUCCUUCAGCAGCAGUGAUCUGCAAACAUAAAAUGACCAGUAAGACUUUUCAGCUUACUACUUUUUAAAAUUGAUGCUAAAAGAAAGUACUUGCCUACAAGAGAGUGAAAAUACUGUGUUCCACUGUCCCAGAUAAUGAAUUUAUGCAAAAGAAUUGCCACCACCCUCUCCUGACGCUUGUAAUGUUACUUGAGUGCAGACCUGAAGACUGUUCAGACUUUGAAGAGUCUUUGUCCUUGGAUAGCUAUGAUCUUCAGCCUGUUUUCUACUCUGUGUUGACAUGCUUGCUUGCGCCAGAGAACAUUCUGCUGUGCAUGACCCAGCCCUGGCAACAAGUGUUCAAAGAGCUGUUUGGAAAACUUGUGUCACCUUCCAGUCCUGGUGUCCUCAGACCAGCAGCUCCAAACAGCAAACAGCUUGCUUUGCUGUGUCUGACAUUGUAAAACAUUCUUUAAUUUGAGGAGUGCUCUCAUGCUUCCCUUGUUCUCCAUCCCUGCUUUCCUCAGCCCUCACCCCAGCAGGCUCUGUUUCCUCUGCACCAAGAUAUGCAUCCAACACUAAGCUGACACUAAAGCCAAGGUAAAAAAUGAAAGAUACAGACAACAGGUUUUAAACUAGAUAAGAUGCAGGGGUUUAGUAUGAGAAGAAAGAUCUCUCCCAGGCUGCCACUGACUUUGGCAGGGAUGUAGAAAUUUACUAGUGGCUAAUAAUUAUGACCACACUGUUUUGAAGAGCCAUAAAAUCUAACUGAAGUGGGAAAUUAGGCAUGUUGAGUGAAAUCUGAUUUUAAAAACAAAUUAUGCAAAAAUACACAGAGCAUGAAAGAAAGAUACCUCAGGUGACUGGAUUUUUAAUUGUUCUCUAGCUUUGUUUUACUGGACUAUGGAUAUUGCAUCAACACUGUGAGACAUGGAUAAUCAGAAUGUUUGAAGUUAAUGCACAAAGCACAUUAAUCCACUUACAGACAGUUUGAAUAGUGUAAGUAAUUCUGUGUCAGCAAGUGUCUUACAUUCCUGUGUUACUCCCUUUAGAGUAAGUGAGAAUUCACAAUCAUAAGUUUCCUAAAUUGGAAUUAGAUACCUAGAAGCCUGCAGUUUGUUUGUGUUUCUCUUCAAACUAAUGAAGCAAUGUGGUUGUGUUCAAUUUACCCUUCCUGCCUUUGCAAUCUUCAAACCCAUCUUUAUAUUUUUGAUGUCCCUGUACCUGUAUGUAUGCUAAUUAGAUUCAGCCCUGCACUGAGAUAAAUGCUAAAAUAGGUUAAACAACCACUUGAAUUUUGUCAGUUGAUGUUGCCCCCAUGGCAAUCUUGAAAGCAAGAUAG